CUCUGCACAUAUAACCUUUUUUUUUUUGCUGGCUAGAUAGCUAUUCCAUUGUAGUAGGACCAGUAAGUAGUUUAACAACCAGGAGUAUUUAGAAGUGUAUUAGUAUUAUGAGUUCGGUUAGGGUGUUGAUUGUGUUUGGAUUUAGUAAAGUUAAAACUCCGCUAUCCAGCUCCAUUUUAAACUUUUUUUUACUUACGGCGCAACACGGAAAGAACUUGAAGCUAUACAGUUAGCUAGCUAAUGUUAACCAGCUCAACUUUACCUGCUUUAGUACAGUAUCCUAACAUUACACAUUUAUUGUAGUUUAUUUACUGUAGUCACUUUUUUAAACUUUGCUAAUUUCCUGUUUCGUAUACAUGUUGUAUGUGAUUGCCCCUUCUGUCAAAAGUAUUUCGCUUCCUAGUUACAUGUGCAUGUUGAAAAAUAACAUUUGCUAGCUAAAGCUUGCUGGCCAACGCCUUUUUCCCCUUCCUUUUUCUUGUCAUGCUCGUCGUCGCACACAUUUGAAAAUGUGUCGUAAUUGACCAACGUUAUCUAGCUUGGAAUAGUAUUCCGCGUCAAGGGCUUGACAAACAGAACAUUUGUUGUGUAUAAUUAGAAUGUCAUCCCUUUCUUUUUACUGAACACUUUCCUAUUUCUGCAUUUGGACAGCUUGUCAAAACCUAGGUAGCUUGCUAGCAAGUCAGUAACAACGAACGGUAGAUAGGGUUUACCUGCUGGUAUCAAAAUGGGUUGCACGCUCAGUGCCGAAGAUAAAGCUGCGAUGGAGAGGAGUAAAAUGAUUGAUCGCAAUCUGAGAGAAGCUGGCGAAAAGGCAUCAAGUGAAGUCAAACUGUUGCUUCUAGGUGCUGGGGAGUCUGGAAAGAGCACCAUUGUAAAGCAGAUGAAAAUAAUCCAUGAGGAUGGGUACACACAGGAGGAGUGUAGCCAGUACAGGGUGGUGGUUUACAGCAACACUAUCCAGUCCAUCAUUGCCAUCAUCAGAGCCAUGGGCAGGCUUGGAAUAGACUUUGGGGAGACGGCACGUUCAGACGAUGCCCGACAGCUCUUUGCCUUGGCCAGCUCUGCAGAGGAAGGGGUCAUGACCCCUGAACUAGCCGGUGUCAUCAAGAGGCUAUGGCAGGAUGCUGGAGUCCAGAUCUGCUUUGGCAGGUCCAGAGAGUACCAGCUCAACGACUCAGCUUCAUAUUACCUGAAUGACCUCGACAGGAUAUCCCAGCAGAACUACGUGCCCACACAGCAGGAUGUCUUGCGUACAAGAGUCAAGACCACUGGUAUCGUGGAGACACAUUUCACGUUCAAAGACCUGUACUUCAAGAUGUUUGAUGUGGGAGGUCAGAGGUCUGAGAGGAAGAAGUGGAUCCACUGUUUUGAGGGAGUCACAGCCAUAAUCUUCUGUGUAGCACUCAGUGACUAUGAUCUGGUCCUGGCUGAGGAUGAGGAAAUGAACCGUAUGCAUGAGAGCAUGAAGCUGUUUGACUCCAUCUGCAACAACAAAUGGUUCACGGACACCUCCGUCAUCCUCUUUCUCAACAAGAAGGAUCUAUUUGAGGACAAGAUUCAGAAGAGCCCUCUCACGAUCUGCUACCCAGAGUACUCAGGUCCAAAUGAAUACAAAGAGGCAUCAACAUACAUUCAAUGUCAGUUUGAGGACUUGAACAAGCGUAAGGAAACAAAGGAGAUCUACACCCAUUUUACUUGUGCUACUGACACUAAGAAUGUGCAGUUUGUCUUCGAUGCUGUCACUGAUGUCAUCAUCAAAACCAACCUGAAGGAGGUUGGCUUGUAUUGAGACUCUAGUAACAUCUGUCACUCAUCAUAGGGCUGGAGUGUGUUGAAAUCCUCUUGUGCAUUUACAGGUAUGACUCAUUACCAUUUUACAGUCCACAUUUUGGUUUGACAAUUAGAAAGGUUUGAUGCAGAAGUAGGUUGGGUUAUAGUUGACCAGAAAUGCUCAAAUUUAUUUUGCCAGGGACUGGUGAAGCAAUGUCUCCUUCCUCUAGGGCCUGCUUGGUUAAAACAAAUAUUUCCCUUUUUCAACUUUUUCAAUGCAUUUGUUUUUAAAUAUGUACUACCGUAACGCAUUUGAUUGAUUUAAAAUAUUAAUAACGUUGUACCUCAAGUUUUUUCAUAAUUUUCUUAGGACGCAUUGGGGAUUUCAGAAACAAUUGUGAUGAUACUUUUGAAUUGGGCUAGUCCCAUAAUCUCAAUGAACACACUUAAUUACACACCCCAAUAUAUCACAUUAUUUCAACCAAAUUUAAAACAGAGAUUUAAGCUUUUGGUUUCUAGUGAUCAGAAUGGUAUUGGGCAGUUCAUAAAAAUAUUUAGGAAAAUCAAGUAAUAAUGGAGUGUUUAGAAAGUGAGACUUGCCUUUGCUUUAGACUUUAACUUUUUAACUUUUUCAGAACGUCUUACCUUUAAUUAACAAGAUCAUAGUGGCUAGUAGCUACAAUCUUUGAAAGCUAGAUACAAAUACAAAGGAGUAAAAUAACAGGUGCUCUCAAACCUAGGUCUGCAAACUAAAAUGCAUUGCAAUUAGGACUUUUUUGUGAGGGACAAUUACUCACCGGACAAUUACAAUGCCAGUCCACAAACUCUAUUAGACAAUACUGUUGCCAUAAUGUAUUUUAAAUCCUUGGAUAUUUCAAGAGAAAAUUACAUAAUGCACCUAUGUGCUUUCACUUUUCUAUACUUCUUCUGUUAUGGAUUCCAUACUGUAGCUAUGGACUGACUUGAAAGAAUGUGUUUGAUAUGCCUGUUAUUUUUUAUUAUUAGCAUAUGUUUUUGAUUGUUAUUAGCUACCUUUCAGAAAUUUGGGGUCUCUUAGAAAUGUCCUUGUUUUCUAUGAAAGCAUACAUGAAAUCAGUUUGAAUAGCAAAUAAAGCAAAAUCAAUAUGAAAUAAUCAUUGACAUAGUUGGAAAUUAUGCUUUUAAUUAAAAUAAUAACUGUCUCCUUCAAACUUUGCUUUUGUCAAAGAAUCCUCCAUUUGCAGUAAUUAGUCUUGCAUACCUUUGGUAUUCUACUUGUCAAUUUGUUGAGGUAAUCUGAAGAGAUUUCACCCUAUGCUUCCAGACACACCUCCCACAAGUUGGAUUGGC